GUGGCCUCAAUAAAGCCACAAGGUACAAUUUGAUGCUAAUGACAAAACAAUCCAAAUCAAUUAAAAAAACGAAAACACAACAGAGAUCAUGGUGUGUGUGUGUGUGUGUGUUUGCAGACCUGGAAGUGUGACAGCGUUUGUGGGGCGUCAGAGGCAGACGGGUUCAAACCCUAAUGAGCAAAACCGCAGUGUCAGUCUCAUCAUCUCCCAUCCUGACUUCAACUCGAGCACCUUUGACAACGAUGUGGCGCUGGUGAAGCUUUCCUCGCCCGUGACCUUCAACAACUUCAUCGGGUCCAUCUGCCUGGCCGCCAGCGGAAGCACCUUCUUCGACGGAACCCAGAGCUGGUUCACCGGAUGGUGGGACGUCACCUCGGGAGUUCCUCUACCGCCACCGCAGAACCUUAUGGAAGUUCAGGUUCCUGUGGUCGGGAACCACCAAUGCGAUUGCUACUAUGGCGGAGGAGUCAUCACCAACAACAUGAUUUGUGCCGGGCUGAGUGAGGGUGGAAAGGACGCCUGUCAGGGGGAUUCUGGCGGUCCCAUGAUGAGCAAGCAAGGAUCUGUGUGGGUGCUGAGCGGGCUUGUGAGCUUUGGGAAAGGUUGCGCUUUGCCAGAUUUUCCGGGCGUUUACACGCGGGUGUCAAGGUACGAGGCAUGGAUCAGGAGCCACACGAGCGACGGCAACUUGCCAGGCUUCGUCAGUUUCACCUCCCCGGGCAUUGACCCAGACCUGUUUUUUAAUUGUCCCAUCACCACCACGUCGUCCCCUUCCACCACACAAUGCAUCACCCAGACAAGCUCGACACAAGAAUCCUCAACCUCAACCCCAGCAUUCCCAUCUCCCGACACCACCAACACCCCCACUAGUAUCUUCACCCCCACCGACAGCUCAACAACCCAUUCUGGGAUCUCCUGAAAAGAGGUGGUCACAACACAUCACAACAGAGCUCUUCUUCACCGCAAGCACGACGCCACUUCGCAAAAAAGCAAAAUAAAAGACACCUGUCAUAAAAGAUGAAAAUGGA